UUGUCGGUUGGUAUUAUCCCGUGUGAUUGGGCUUACGCAGUAAUUAUUAGGAAAAACAACAGAAAUAGAAGUGUCAUUGUCAUUUAAAAAAUUAUCAAUGAAGAAUCCGGUGUUCUGUGAAUUUAUCGAUGCAGUUGGGUAAAGCCCAGUGAAACGGAGGUUCUCUACGUCACAGAUCAAAGAUGACUGGACUCUUCGGAUAUCUAGGCGAUUGUUGACGAGCUGCAAUCAGUGCUGACAGUGCCAGCGCCCUGAGAGGUGAUCCUCAGCGUCCUCUUGGGCGAAUUCAACAUCCGAAGAUGGUCAGAUUGCUGGGGAUAAGUCUUCACGUAUUCCUGACUGUUGGAAUCCUCUUGAGGCUCAGUCAGGCUGACACAACAGCAGGUGGAUCCUCCGGUUCUUGUAGACUCGACCAAUUUCAAUGUUCAAAUGGCGAAUGCAUAGCCAGUCAUUUUCUGUGCGAUGGAAAGGCAGAAUGCAAAGACAGCAGUGACGAGACUUCUCUUCAAUGUUUGAAGCCCGAAAUUACCUGCCCCGAAUACGCAUUUCGAUGCACCUACGGUGCCUGCGUCGAUGGCGAUGCUAAAUGCAAUAAAAAAAACGAUUGCAUUGACGGGAGUGACGAGACAUUGCCAGAAUGUACGGAAAAUUCCGUGACAAUUACGACUGUUCGUCCAGGUUGCACAGCCACUCAGUUCCAGUGUGGAACCGGUCAGUGCAUUCAUGGAACAGCGGUCUGCGAUGGGUCUCCAGACUGCGCUGAUCGAUCUGACGAAUCCUUCACCACUUGCCAGUCGAAUCAAUGUCUGCCGAACACCUUCAAAUGCGCGUACGGAGCUUGCAUAGAUGGUGACAAAAAAUGUGAUGGUGUGAAGAAUUGUGCGGAUGGUUCAGACGAGGGUGACGCUGCCUGUCGAGGUGUCCAGCCUGCUGGACCCUUAGGAAGGGAGUCAACAACGUGGAGACCAUAUCCACAGGGCCCAACCUCCUGGACACCGACUCCUCAGACUGUCUGUCCACCACCUCCAGAGAUUCCAAAUGGAUACUGGAAGCUGCACUCCUCGCAGUGUCCAAAUCCCAACGAUCACUGCCAGCCUCAGGUGGGAAUGACAAUGCUCCCAGGAACGCCCUUAGUGUAUUUUUGUAAUGCGGGUCAUCAUUUGACGAAUGAUGCGAAUAUGUACUGCGCUAGUGGUGGAAGAUGGUCCCACACACCCCGAUGUGAAGAAAUUCGAUGCAGAGUCCUUGACACACCAUCGACGAAAGCUGAUUGCAAUCUGAAUGGUCAAUGGAGCACAUGUGCAGUGCCAGUGGUGCCAGGAACUCAAGCAGAUUUAUCAUGUCGUGGUGCUUACAGAAGGGAGGAGUCACUCUUUCAACGUAAUCACGUUACGUGUAAUACACAAGGGAUGUGGGAACCAGAGCCAAUACAAUGCAUUCCAGUAUGUGGAACAAAACCCUCAAAGUCCGUCAAACCCCUGAUAGUCGAGGGCUGGAUGCCGAACAUAACCGACUUUCCCUGGCACGGAACCCUCUACGAGACAAACUCUGACAAUUCCGUGAAAAAAUUCAUCUGCGGAGCAACAGUAAUCACCGAGAAUUUGUUAAUAACAGCUGCUCACUGUAUAUUCGACGAAGUCACUAAAAAGUCAAAGAAGCCCGAGCAAUUUUUAAUUUCCGUUGGAAACAUCUACAGGGACUACGACAUAGACUAUUCCCCAGCUAUAGAAGUCAGGAAAGCAAAAGUCAUCAACAUCUUCAUGAACUGUGAUUAUCAAGGAUACGACGGUAAUCACGAUCGGGACAUUGCGAUUCUUCGGGUACAGCCCAAUCUCGAAUUCAGGUCUUACCUGGUGCCAAUAUGUCUCGAUACAACAGCCAAUAGUCUCGCCAUUAACAUAGGUAAAAAUGGACAAGUUGCGGGGUUUGGGAGAACAUCAAAAGGGCCGUCGAGUUCGAUAAUUCGAGCCCUGUCAGUACCAGUGGUGCCUAAAAAUAAAUGCAUUGAGCAGGCGAACGAGGUCAAUGGUCGAAAUUUCAUUACUUCGGAUAAAUUUUGUGCUGGAUAUACGAAUGGAUCGUCUGUCUGCAAUGGAGACAGUGGAGGUGGAUUGACAUUCGAAACAAAUAAAUUAUCGUACCUCCGUGGCAUCGUGAGCAGUGGAAUUGGGGUGAAUGACAGCACCGGAGAGCCAAUUUGCGAUAAUAAUCGAUACGCCAUUUACACAGAAGUUGCAGUCUACAUAUCAUGGAUACAAGACAUUAUGUUCAAGAUCUUUGAAGCCUUCAUUGGUUGGCUGGAGGUGCUGGGGAAGGACGUUGGUGGUGGUGGAACGUCUGUAAUCAGAACGUCAGGUCUAUUCAUCCAGUCACAACGACCUGAAGAAUUUAAUAAAAAAAAUUACCCUCCAGAAGAAGAGUAUUCAACUCCUUCUCCAGCUCUGGUAGCUCGGCGUCUGGAACUUGGGGGAAUGAUGUGUCGUUGGAGCUCGAGUUCAUGAGGUCAUUCAGCUCCUCCUCCAGAUCGAGGUCAGACUCAUUGAGUUUUAGAUUCUCAGAGAGAGUCGAUUGAACGUCGUGAACUUCCCCAACAGCCUGUAAUCAAAAAAAUGAAAGAGGACAGGAUUAAAAAUCAGAAGAGUGUAUAAUAAAUUAUGUUAUUGAUGUACACCCAUGGAACAGGCCUUUUUGUCAAUUUUUAAAUAACAAUGAUAUAUUUAUUGUAUGAAGAAUGAAAAAUAAGGAUCGAUUAUCGGUUUGUCAAACCCCAAAAUUUAGAAACUGAUUGAAAAAACAGAUUUCUUUGUAUCGAUCAAAGCGACUGAAAAGUUCCUGGAUGAUCAUCUCACCUCAAUCAUAUCGUCCAUAGUGUCCCUGACGCUGAUUUCAUUGAGUCCAGACUUCUCGAAUCCCUUGAGAAUGUCUCUUCCCUUCCUGUAAGCCCCCAACACCUCAUUAUUUGACUUGGCAUCAUGAAUACUCGAUAUCAAAGUAUGAAGAUUGUGGAGGGUUCCAGCAUGUUUAUCAAUCCUCUUAUCCAGUUCCCUCUUCUUCCUGAUGUAGGUCUUGGCGACCUCCUUGAGUCCACUGUCCAAAGAGGUCUUGGCUUUCGCCAGAAGAACGUUCCUUUCCUUCUCGAGACUCUCGAUUUUCUCCAAGAGAACUCGUUCGUUCUCCUUCAGCUUGAAAAGUCCCUCCUCAGCUUCUGAUAAAUUUCCAACUCCUUUUGGCGAUAUCUUCAGGAGGCACUCCCAUUUUUCGUGAUGAUGUGGAACCCCUAGGCCGCCCUUGUUCAACUGACCCAGCCACAGAAGAGCCAGUUUGACAUUCUCCUCUGUUACGUUUUGACAUCCAGCUCUUUCGCAACAUCUUUUCGUUAUCUGGGGCACUGAGAGUAUCUGGUCCUUCUCGUCAUUCGACAGACUGAGAAUGAUCUCCGAGAGCUCUUUUAUCGUGGGGAUGUGGAUGUAUUUUUGGUCUGGGUUGGACGCACUGGGGAUGAAGUAGUUUUUUAGCUUCGAGAAGGACCAGACUACCGGCUUUUUCACCAUUGUGUUCACUGCCCAUGAGGCCCAAGUGGCGUUCUGAGACUCCAGGAAGGAGUCAAGAGUGAUGAUUUGUCCUUUUCUGUAAUUGAAAAAGAAGAAUAAACAAUUUUUUGGAUAAAUUCAGCUGAAAUUUCCCCCAGAAAAAUAAGAAAACGUGUCAUGUAAAGAGAGAAUUUAGUGUGAAGCAGCACAUUCACCCUAGAUGUCCACCAGAAGGACUAGAGAUGCCUAGCAAAUCUCCUCAGUCAUUAUCGUUAAUUAAUCCCUUAAAAUACGACUACUCACUGGUAAAGCUCGUCCACGACGGUUGGUAGACACAGGGGAGUCCUCCCUUUCCUCCUGAAUAUCGUCGACAGUUGGAAAACCGAGAACGUACAGCACUUGUUGUACCCCAGGUAGUUAACCAACAAAAAAUCCCAGAACUUGAACUUGGAGUCCCAGUCCUGAGGAUUCACUGAUCGAUUCCUGAAUUCAGCGAACAUGGCGUUCAUCCUCUCGUCGUUGAACCAAGCAUCAGGCAUGAGAUCCCUGGGUAAGGGAUGAUGCUCCUGAUUGUCAGCCAUUUCUGUCCUCCCCCUCGUUUUUCGUUAAUAACCACAAAAACAAAUGUAAACAGCACAACAAAUACGCAGCAUAACCUCAAAACCUAAAUCAAAUGGACUCCCACCAUAUUAAAACCAUUAAAAUCCCACAUUCGAGAGAACAGUCAACGAUUAGAACCCACAACGAUCAGCAAAUCAUGACAAUGGUCUUUGGACAGCACCAACACUACGUCUUUCCUCCACAGAACAAAAAUAAAA